AUGCUACGAAUUCGUUCGAUAUGGAUUACCGUCUUACUUCACUUACCUGUGAUAUGGUGUAUGAUAAAUUCUAAGAGGGAAGAAUUAAGAGAUGAAACUGCUUCGCUGUUCAAGCAUGGUUAUGAAGGAUAUAUGAAAUAUGCUUAUCCCGCUGACGAACUGCGGCCGCUUUCCUGUGGACCAUUACAUCGUGACCCCGACCCGAACAACAUCGGAAUCAACGAUAUCCACGCCAACGUCUCAAUGACACUCCUAGAUGUUCUAUCUUCACUUCCCGUAAUCUACCCUACCGCAUUCCCCAAAGCUGUCCAACUAGUAGCAGAAAAGGUAUCGUUCGAUCAAGAUGUAAAAGUACAGGUAUUUGAAAUGACCAUCAGAGCUUUGGGAGCAUUAUUAUCAACUUAUCAAACUUUGGAUGAUCUACCGGAUGAUCCUGCUCAGCAAUAUGUAGCAUUAGGACUGAACGAAGAGAACUCGUCUUCUUUCUUGAGCUGGACGAAGAAGGAUACGAUAGAUGUGAAGCAGUACAAAGGAAGGAUAUUGGAAUUAGCAUACGAUCUGGGUAAAAGGUUAUUACCCGCUUUCCAACCUGUCACUGGUAUACCGUAUGCCAGGGUGAAUUUACGGUACGGUCUGUUGAAGGGCGAAAGCAUCGAAACGUGUACCGCAGGAGCAGGGAGUUUGCUCCUUGAAUUUGCACUGUUAUCCCGUCUAACGGGCGAUGAUCGAUUCGAAUCUCUCGCACAUAAAGCAUAUCUUGCUUUGUGGAAUCGGAGGUCUACGCAGAACCUACUGGGUAAUACGAUUGGAACCCACGGACAUUGGUUGGCACCUGGUAUGAGUGGCGUAGGAGCUGGGAUGGAUAGCUUCUUCGAGUAUGGAUUGAAAGCUGGAAUAAUGCUUGAUGAAGAUACGUAUACCGAUAUAUUCUUCGAUUCUUAUGCUGCUAUCCAGACUUACAUACGGACGAAUGAUGGGUUUAUCUAUCGACCUAUUCAAACUAGACUCUUACAACCUGCCAGUCCAUCGACCAUUGAUUCCUUGUCAGCGUUCUUGCCUGCCAUGCAAGUCUUAGCUGGGGAUAUCGAAUCGGCAAUUAAAUCGCAUCUUGUCUUCUGGAAUCUGUGGAGAAAACACAAUUCUAUGCCGGAAUCAUGGUUAUGGCAAGAAAGGAAGAUUGAAUGGACAGGAUAUCCAGGUAGACCCGAGUUCAUAGAAUCAACUUAUUACCUUUAUCAGGCUACGAAAGACCCUUUCUAUUUGAGAGUAGGCGAGAAAAUUUUACGUGAUCUGAAGACACGGACGAAGACUAGAUGUGGUUUCGCAACGCUUAAGAACGUUAUGACUGGGGAGCAGGAAGAUAGGAUGGAGAGCUUUAUGCUAUCUGAAUCACUCAAAUACCUCUAUUUCCUUUUCGCCGAUGAACCUUUCCCAAAUUCCAAUACAGUCUUUACCACUGAGGGUCAUCCUCUCCGAAUACCAAAAAAUCUCUUGCGAUCGCCUUCCAAUCCUCGACGGGCUAUGCGUAAAGGUGAAAACCCUACUUGUCCAGUCUAUCAACCUUUUAGUGUCGGAGGUUCGUACACACAAGGAAUCGCUCUAGGUAUCGAAGGUAGGGAAGACUACGAUUAUGCUCGAUCAUUGAUAUAUGGCUUGAAUGGUACGGGGAUGGAGAUCGAAGAUGGAAGGAGAAUAUGGUAUGAUGGAGGUAUAUGUAAAAUACCAGUCGAGUCGAAAUUCGCAUUCGAAAUCGUGUUGUCCCCUCUCAAUGUCACCGAUCCUUCUGCCGUACCGCCCGAAGAUCCAUCUCCCGGGCCGAGCAAAGUGGAACAAGAUCUUGCUACUGGUGAUUACCUCAUUAGCGAUAUUGAAGGUCUGAGAUUGGGGGUAAGAUGGAGGUUCGACGGUAAAGGAUAUGAUGUAGUGAAUAUUGGUCCACACCGUAUACGACAGGGUCAGAACGUGAUUGUGCAAGAUCCGGCGAUGUGUGGCCAUCUUCCCAUCCCCUCAUCCCCGCCAGUCAACUCCGCCAGUCCUCCGGAAUUGACACUACGCUUCAUAUCGUAUCCACCUUCUACCGCUUUCACUAGCAUGACUGACUCGGCAACGGAAGGCCAGAUACUGUUACAUGCCAUAGGCGCCACGGCUACGUUCGGAAUCGAUUUUGUGCCCGCCACUGGAACCGAUUACUCGUCCACUAAUCCAGCUUGGAGAAUUGGUGAUCAGCCCGUACGACUAGUCAUUCCACCCAGAAUCGAUGAUGACCUAUAUCAAGGAUGCUCGAAGAUUUCCUUAGAGUCUCUUGGCAUCAACCCAGAUACUUCGGAACCUUUCGUCUUGAUGGUGUCCCGAGGGGGAUGUACGUUCUUUGAGAAGUUGGAAGUCACGAAAGAUCUCGGUGCGAUAGGGGUGUUAGUGAUUGGUUAUGCACCUUUGGAAGAGGGCGAGGCUGUUCCACCUGAAAGAGAAUAUGAACGCGAACGAGGAUUUGAAGAGGGUUUGAUCAGACCUUCAGCGGAGUAUGAAGAAUCUCAUCCGAAAUAUCAACAUGUCAAAGACGUAGGGAUGAUAUAUACCGAAUGGGUCAUAGGUGAAGUCCUGCGAAGAUUAGUAGAGAUUGAACAGAACGUCAUCGGAAUUGAGAUUCUGAAUAUCGACGGACAAAAUGAUGGAUCAACACUGGCGAAUGGGUCAGAAGAAGCCAUGAAUUUCUUGUCAUCAUCGAAGUUUCACGAGGAGAAGAACAAGGAUACGUUGAUAAAUCAAGGAUAUUUGAUGGUUGGUGGAUGGCCAAUAAUGAAUCUUAGAGUCAUUGAUAGUGAUAACAAACACAUAUUCACAGGUGGUAAACCACCAUAG